UAGGAAUGAAACGGCCUCGGCAACCUGCCGGAUUGUGGGACUUCGCCGGUGGUCAAGAAUCAUGAGGGCAAAACGACGAUGUUUUAGUGUCACUCUACUUAUUCCACCAGCUUUCGAAUCGCAGUUACCAGUAGUCCCAUCGUUCUAGUCUAGAUUCUUAAGAGAGGAGUUAAAAGGAGAAAAAUUCAUCUGUUAAUGGCGAGACUUGGAUUGCUUUCCCUAAAAUCCCUCCUCCGCGUAGCAGCGACGCCGUCUUCGCAGUUAUGCCGGUCCUUUCUUCACCGUCCUCGCGUCGCAACCUCCACAAUCCGAGCAUUUUCUGCGGCCAUGUCUCCGCCUUCCAAGGCCAUUGUCUACGAUCAGCAAGGCCCUCCGGAUUCUGUCACCAGAGUAACUGAGCUUCCGCCAGUAGAAAUCAAAGAUAACGACGUAUGCGUUAGAAUGCUUGCGGCUCCAAUUAAUCCAUCGGAUAUUAACAGAAUAGAAGGUGUAUAUCCUGUGAGGCCACCACCACCAGCUGUUGGAGGAUAUGAAGGGGUUGGAGAGGUUCAUGCAAUAGGCGCUGCAGUAAAGUCUCUUUCCCCUGGAGAUUGGGUUAUUGCCUUUCCACCAACUUCAGGCACAUGGCAGACAUAUGUUGUAAAAGAGCAAAGUCUCUGGUACAAAAUUGACAAAAACACACCAAUGGAAUAUGCUGCUACUGUAAUUGUUAAUCCAUUGACUGCCCGGAGAAUGCUUGAGGACUUUGUGGUUUUAAAAUCAGGAGAAUCUAUUGUGCAAAAUGGUGCCACAAGCAUUGUUGGGCAAUGUCUUAUUCAACUUGCACAAGUUCAAGGCAUUCAUAGUAUUAACAUCUUAAGAGACAGACCAGGAUCAGAUGAAGCAAAAGAAAAACUCAUAAAGCUUGGUGCAGAUGAAGUAUUUACUGAGAGUCAACUUGAAGUGAAAAAUGUCAAAACUCUCCUGGGCAGUGUACCUGAACCUGCUUUGGGGUUUAACUGUGUUGGUGGAAAUGCUGCUUCUUUGGUUCUCAAGUUCUUGAGGCAGGGUGGAACUAUGGUUACGUAUGGUGGUAUGUCAAAGAAACCUGUAACUGUAUCAACAAGUUCUUUUAUAUUUAAGGAUCUUUCUUUGAGAGGGUUUUGGCUCCAAAAGUGGUUAAGUUCAGAUAAAGCAGAACAGUGUCAUGGCAUGAUAGAUUAUCUUUUGGGCCUAGCUCGUGAUGGGAAAUUGACCUAUGAGAUGGAGCUUGUACCUUUUGAUGAUUUUCAUACCGCUCUGGAUAAGGCACUUGGAAAGCAAGGAAGUCAACCUAAACAAGUCAUUAAAUUCUAAUCUUUUCGAGCUCUUUUUGACUACAAGGUACUUUGUGCUCCUUCCAACAAGGAUUGCAGAUGCAUACUCGUCUUCAUCUACAUGUGCUGUAAAAUCCCUUGCGGUUCGCUAAGCUUUCCAGUCUAAGAUGGAGUGGCAGAUCAACAAGACACAUGAGUAAAUUUCCAGGGUUAGAUGAUCUCAUCUCGUCUUGUCUCGGUUUCUGUUAUUACUAUUGUGUACAUUUCAAAAUAAUCUUUGGGGGUCUUUAUUGUCAAAAUGUUAUUAUGUUUCAGCCAUGUUUGCGUAUGUGGGUUUGCUUAGGAAGACAGAACUACCAAAGGUUUGGUAAACAUUGGGGGAUGGGCAGAGGUAGUUUGAUUCUCCCCUUUGACGAAUCUCCGGCUUAGGUAGAAAAAAGGAGAAAUAAUAAAUAAAUAAAUAAAUUCAAGCCGUUCUUUA